CGUGACCAACACAUAUCUCUGCUUCAUUCGCAAUGUCGUCCCAACACAAACCAAAUGCAACUUUACACGGAUUUGUGCACGGAGCGGAGUGUUAAGUGGAUGCUUCAUGACCUUUUAAAUAGGGUCUAAACUAAAACCAUGCUGAAAUGGUUUUCCGGUGAUGAGGGGGAGCCUGGCUCUGGGGACUCAGGCUCUCCCCACAGAUCGCCUGCUGCCGGUGGAGAGGUUGCUGUGGAGGAAAUGGCUGAUCGGCUGGCCCAAACUGAGCAGCUUGUCACUCAGCUGAAGGAGAUGAUUAGAGAGAAAGAUGCAGCACUUCGAGCCAAAGAUGAUCAGCUGAAGGGGGAUAAAGAAGCAUGUGAGGCAAAGCUGUCGAAGUUACGUCUCCAGAACAAGGCCAAGGUGACCUCCCUUACUGCACAACUGGAAGAACUGAAGAAAGAGCAAGGAAACCAAGGCACAACAACACCCACCAAGAAGGCAACAUCUGAGGGAGGAGAGCAGGCCUAUCGGGGAAAGAUUGUCUUGCUGAAGAAGAAAGUGGAGGAACUUGAACAGCAGCUUACACAAAGAGAAGAAGAACUGGAAACUAAGAGGAAAGAACUGGAGUCCCAGCGGCAGCGAGGUGAAGAGAUGGACACUAUGCUGACAGAGAAAGACAGAAAGCUGUCAGAAAAGGAGGCCUACAUCGUCCACCUGCAGACGGCACUGGCAGGAGAUCAGCUUAUAUCUGCACCACAACAAAAGGCAUCAGAGGACAGUGAAAUGUUGCAGGAACACCAGCUGCUUCUGCAGAGUCUGAUAAGGAAGGUGGGAGAGUCAGAGGAGCGCUACAGUUUACUGCAGGAGCAGACGGACAGCCUCAAAGAGCUGCUGGCCACAGAGAAGGAGCAGUAUACACAGAAGGAGAACAUGUACAAGCAGAAUAUCCAGACAUUCAAAGACAUUAUUCUCCAGAAAGAUAACCAGCUGAUGGAAAUCAACCAAAUGCACGAACAGGAGCUCUUCAAGCUAGCAGCAAAGUCUGAUGCCAGUGCCGAUCUAGAGCAGCUUUUAAAAGCUCUAAAACAGAAGCUUCAUGAGAAGGAGGAGGUCCUUCUGGGUAAAACUCAGGUUAUAGAUGUUCUUCAAGGAGAAGUGGAUGGCAGAGACCAGCAGAUAAAGGAGCUAAUAGAGCGACUGCGAAGGCUACAGGUCGAACAAAAGAGCCUGGAGUCCAAGAUGGAGGCAGAAAAACAUGUGAUGAGAGCCCAGAUUCGUGACCUCAUGGAGAAACAGCAGACGGAGGUUCAGCGACUAAAGGAGCAGCAUCAGGCCCAGAUGGUCCAGACCCAGCAGGAUCUACUGGGGCAGCUGGAGGAGCUGAGGAGAGCCUCAGCGGCAGCUCCUCUCUCCAGGCAAGAGGUGCCAGGAAGUAGGAAUGAUCCCACUGCUGACUCAGUUUCCACCCAAAGGAUGGCUGAUCUGGAAGCCCAAGCCAAGCAAAAAGCAGAGGAGGCCAGUCGAUCAGAGGCCAAGUUCCUGAAAAUGAAAGCCUGGUCUAAGACCCGAAUCAGACAACUGGAGGAAGAGUUGAAGAAAAGCCAGGCUGGAGUCGCACCGCCAGAUCUGACUGCACUGCGGAGUCGCAUCACAGCACUGGAGGAGGAACGAGAGGAAAACCUGUGGAAAGUGGAGCAAUAUGAGGAGCUCAAAGCAAAGAACGACAUGCUGGAGGCCAAACUAGUGGUAUAUGAAGAACAGCAGAGGACACUACAAGCAGACCUGGAGCAGUUUACAAAGCGGGCUGCCUCACAGGCCAGUGAGUCGGGCAGUGCUGAUGACACUCAGAGCCAGGUCCUGGAGUGGCAGGAGAUGGUUGCUGAAGCUGUCAGUGCACGAGACCGGGCCAGGGAGGAGAAGGCAACUAUGGCCCUGCGUAUCAGCCACAUGGAGGAGGAAAAAGAGGGACUGAUUGAGGAUGACUGGUUCUUUCCUGGCUGCUCCGAUCCAGCAAUGACCACUCGGCAGCAGGAGUUGGAGGAGGAGCUGGCUCAGACUCGGGGGCUUGGUCAGCACCGGGCCAAGAAGCUGGGACCCCCAUCCCAGCGAAGCCUGCAGGAGGACUUUGAGUUCGACAGGCACCCGCCAUUCCAGGAUCCACGCAGCCCCUCAGAGAACACAACCCCAAUGGAAGGAGAGAACAUGGGAGAUGGUUUGAGGUCUGUUGUGGAAGAACUGGAGCUUGAAAGGAACCAACUACAGGAGCAGAUCCUGAGCCUUGAGGAGCGAUGUCAAGACCUGGAAGAUCGGCUACAGUUACAGGCCCGAAUCGAAACAUUACAGAAUGAGUCAGAGAAACUACAAAGCCAACUUGCCAGUGCCCGAAGUCAACAGAGCAGAGAGGCAGAAAAGCAUCAGCUGUUAGUUAACAGUCUGAAUGAACAGCUAAAAGGGAUGACUGACACACAAGAGUGUCUGGAGAGUUCCCUUAUUGAAAAGGAGAAUACAUUGGCUAAGACAUCAGAGAAACUGGAGCUUAUCAACAGCCUCCAAGAAUCUCUUAAUGAGAAAGAAACUCAGUACAAAGAGGUGUCUGACAAGCUCCUUCAGACUGAGCACACUCUUGAGGAUGUUUCCAGGAAAUGCAGUAGCUCUGAGAAACAGUCCUCUGAGUUAAAAACAGAAGUUGCCGAUCUUACACAAAAACUCAGUGUACUGAAGGAGAAGACACAAAAGCAAGAAGUGACCAUAGAGACUUUGCAAACAGAACUUGAUCAGACAAAUGAGGAGUUGGACAAACUAAACACUGCUCACUUGGAAGAAAGGGCUCAGCUUAUCCACGAUCUUCAAAGCUGUGAACGGGAAAUUGACAGCCUUAAAGACACUCUGAUGGAAAAGGACAAGGAGAUAUUGACAUUAACUGGCAACAUGACAGAGUACGCAGAACAGAUCACAGUGCUGAAGCAGGAGAUCAAACUCAAAGAAGAAAACCUGGUUCAAGUAGAAAAUGCCUUGAGUAAGGCAGAGCGAGAGGCAAAGAUCAUUAGAGACUCACAGAAUUCGGACCAACAGGCCAUGAAUAGCAAAAUCUCAGAGCUGGUUGAAAAGCUCAAAGAUAAUGAGAUGGAAUUUGUCAAGACCAAAGAGGAGAGAGAGUUGAAAGCAGCUGAGGUGGAACGGAUGAUCAAGCAGGCUGAAGAGGACAAGAAAACCAUCCAAGACCUUCGAGGGGAGAUCCAGAAACAGAAUGUUAACCAUCGUAAUCAUCUUUCUGAAUGUGAACCACACAUCUCUUCACUCAAAGAACAGCUGUUAUUAUCUAACCACAGGCUGCAAGAGUCAGAUGAGCUCAUUUUACAACUCAAGAAUAAAAACAGCAGCCACGAGAAAGUACAGCAAGAACUCCAUGAUAAAGAGCAAACUUAUGAAAAAGAACUCAAAACUUUCAAGGAUGAUCAAAACAAACUUUUGGCACAGGUAGAAAAAUACAGUAAUGAUGUACAAGCACUAUCCAAACAGUUAGAGGAGCAAACACAGAGUGGUGAACAUAUCAAAAAAGAGAUGCAAGAAAAGCUAGAAAUGAUAGCAUCACUACAAAACCAGCUAAAGGAAACAGAUAAACACGUUGAAGAUGAGAGGCAGAAGUUUAAGACUGAUUUAGAGGUCCGAGAUUCUGAAAACCUGAAAUUAAGCAAUGAACUGAAGAGCAAAUCUGAAAAUAUCACCAAACUCAAGAACCUCUUGAAAAAUGUGAAAACUGAAAAACAUCAGCUGCAAGAAAAGCUUAGUAGUUUGACUAAGGAGCUAAAUGUGGAGAGAAAGAAUGUAAAACAACUGGAUGAAAAAGUUUCAUCUGCUCUUGAACUUAACAGUGGUCUGGAGAGCCAAGUCCAUAGCCUUACAGCAGAGAAGAACAGGCUCGAAGUGGAAGUAACUGAACAUGUAAAAUCCAUCUCUGAGCUCACAGUUGAGAAAGAUUCCUUACAUGUUCAGAUAUCCACACUGAAUACAGAACAUUCACAACAUAGAAAAACUAUUGAAGGGCUACAGAAAGAAAAGGAGGAAUUAAGCAUCCAUGCUACUGAGUUAAAUAAAGUUCUCGAACAAAGCACACAUUCAAACUCAGAGAUUCUGCUGGCCAAAACAAAUGAAUGUACGCACCUCGAUCAGUUACUCAGGGGGAAGGAAGAGGAGAUGAUGAAGUUGCAAGAACAAGUUCAGAGCUUGAAUUCUAAAGCAAACCAACUUCAGCAGGAUGUGACAGUGAAAGAACAGACUGUCACUGAUCUCCAAGCAAGAAUAGAGGCUCAACAAAACCAGCAAAUGCAGCUUCAGGAAACGCUGUCUCGGCUUCAAGAACAGGAAUCCAGUCUUAAAUCUAUAGCGAUGGAGAAGGAUGCAGUUUUGAAGGAGAAACAGGAGGAGUGUGACAGUUUACAGAAUGAGAUCACACUUAAGUUAAAUAUUGUAUCCAAGCUAGAGACGGAGGCUGAAGCGCUCAAGGGAGAAUGCCUUAAACUUCGCCACCAAAAGGAGGAGACAGAGGAAAUAUUGAGAAGUGUGACACAACAGUGUGAUAAGAACAAAGAAGAAACAAAUGACGCAAAUAAAACUGUUACAUCUUUAAGAGACCGACUUAGUGUUGUGGAAGAGAAUGCAAGAAAGCUUGAAUCAGAUGCAGAGGUGAGACAAACGGAGCUGGCCAGCUUAAGAAGAGACAUUCAGUCAGUGACAGAAGAAAACCGCCAACUUCACGCUGCAUGUGAAUUGAAAGAUAAGGAACUUGCCCAGCAGACACAGAUGGCAUCUUACCUUGAAGGACAGCUUAAAUCAGCUCUUGAGCAGAACUCUAGGUUAAGUAUGGAGAUCAGCAGCCUAACAGAACAUAAUCAAAGUCUUAAAGACGAGUUAGAACUAAAUGUCAAAUCAGUUUCUGAACUUAGCACUGAGAAGAGUUUGAUCCAAGGCAAGAAUUCUGUGCUAGAAGCUCAAAUCUCAGAGGACCAGAAAAGAAUUAAUGGACUGUUGAAGGAAAAGGGGGAGCUGAAUGUUGUUAUAGAUGAAUUAAACAAAAUGCUCAAGGAUAACGAACAGUCGAACUCUGUAACUUUGGUUGAGAAAACAAAUGAAUGUGCUUAUCUUUCUAAACUGUUAAGGGAGAGAGAAGAAGAACUUCAAAGAUUACAAGAGCAAGCUAAUAGCUUAAAAAUGCAAGUUAAUGAACUUAAUAUGGACGUCAACAAGAAAGAACAGAUGGUUUCAGAACAGAUGUCACAAUUGGAAGCUCAGAGGAACCAACAGGUGCAACUUCAGGACACUAUAUCGAUGCUUCAGGAACAGGGAUCUGUCCUAAAGUCAGCUUUAAUGGAGAAAGAUACAAUGGUUCAGCAGAAAGUUGAUGAGUGCAGCUCUUAUCAGAAGGAAAUCACUCAACAAAAAGACCUUAUUUCACAGAUGCAGGGUGAGGUCGACUUGCUUAGGGCAGAAAGCCAGGAAAUGCAAAAGAAAAUCUAUCAAAAGGACCAGGCCCUAUCAGAACUGACAAAUGAGUUUCAGAACCACAAAGAUGAGCUGAAUAAAAGGAAUGAAUCUGUGCUGUCACUCAGCAAUCAGCUUGGUGCCAUGAAUGAGAAUGCUGCAGAGAUGGAAUUAGAAAUUUUUAACCUGAAGGCCACUGUUCAGGAACUCACUGCUGAAACUUCACAGUUGAAAGAUGAAGGAGACCAAAAAAGAACAGAGCUAAUUGAUUUUAAAGAUAACAUCCAAGCACUGAAUGAGCAGAAUGAAAGGUUCAAAUCUGAACUUCAGAAAACCGUAAUAGAGCUGUCCAAAGCACACGAAGAAGUGGCAAAUUUCAAAACAGCAAUGUGUGACAAAGAAAGCCAGAUAUCUGCUUUGACAGAAGAACUCAAAGCUGCAUGCUCCGAGAAGGAGAGGCUUUGUUUGACUGUGCAAAGUAAUGAUGGUUCACUGAAAGAGCAGGACAGUCUGAUCCAGCAACUCAACUGUACGAUCAGUGUGAAAGAUGAGCAGUUGAAACAGAAAGCAGAUGACAUUGUGAGUUUGAAGUCACAGGUUUCAGAGCUUGAGGAGUCUGUCAAUAAACUGAAUGGAAAAGUUGUACAAUUGACUUCAGAAUCAUCCAUACUUAAAAAUAUGUUGGAGCAAAAAGAGCAGGCGAGUCUUGAAUAUCAAAGUACGUCCUCAGCUGUUGUUGAAAAUCUUAAUUCAAACCUGAAGGUCAAAGACGCAGAAUGUGAGACCAUGAAAGAAAAGAUUUCACACCUUGAAGAGUCUGUCACAAAUCUCAGCAACACCCUUCAGGUUCAGAUAUCUGAAACCGAAAAUCUAAAACAGGCUUUGGAGGAAAAAGAAUCAGCUCUUUUGGAGCAGUCAAAGACACUUCAGGAUUUGAAGAGAAAAGCAGACGAGGCCUUGCUUUUCAAAACUCAGUUUAUGGAAAGCACAGAGUUGGUGUCACAGCUACAAAGCCAAAACCACCUCCUGUCUACUGAGUCUGAAAACAUAAGGAAAUCAGCCGAAGAAACACAGAGUGCCUUCAGUAACCUCCAAGAGAAGUACAUGGCUCAUUUGGAGGAGUUCCAAGACGUAAAAAAUCAACUGUUCCAAAAGACAGAUGAAGUGUCCAGUUUGCAGAAUUUAUUGGACAAUACUAACAGUGAACAUCAAACCACAAAAACCACCAUAGAAGAACUGAGGAAUGAGUUAUAUACAGUCCAUCACAAACUUGAAAGGGCAGAAGAUCUAAACUCAAGUCUUGCAAAAGAGAAGGAUGAAGCUUUUGCUUCUCAUCAAACCAGCGUGUCACUGCUAACAGUUGAAAUAGAACGACUCAAAUCACAGCAUAUUCAAGUUGUGGCCCAAAUGAAUGCACUAACAGAAAACCUGGAGCAGAGGGAAAUGGCCCUCCAUGCAAUAAACAGUCAGUUCACAGCUCAGGCCAAGCAUACCACGCAGUUGGUUUCAGAAAUACAAAAACUAGAAGAGCAAAAUAAGAAACUAACUGAUGAGAUGAGUUUCUCAAUGGAAGAGAAGCAGAAGCAUCUUUCUGAUGUCAGUAAUGAAAAAACGCUUUUGCAGGAGGAAGUUAGGAAACUUCUUGCAGAGAAAGAAGAGAUGGAAAGAAGACAUCAGCAGGUUUGGGAAACACAGAGGCAGCUGAAGGAUCAAAUGGAGCAGCAGUCCAGCAGUAUGAACAAAAUUAUGGAGAAAGCGGUGUCCGAGAAGGAGAGUCUUCAAGCAAAGGUUAGUAAAAAAGAUGAAGAAAUUUGUCAAUUAAAAGAAAACGUUCAAAAGAUAGAGCAAGUUCUGCAGGAUUCUGAGAGAGAAUGGCUUUUGGUUUUGGAUAGAGAAAAACAAGAUAGGAACCUGAUUGCAGAGCAGUUACAAAGUGUUGAAAAUGAAAUGAAAUCUAAAGAUGUUAAAGUUAAUGCUUUGAAACAGGACUUGGACAGUUUCCAAGAGAAACUAGCUGAAGCGGCCUCUGCUGUUAGACAGGGUUCAGAGCAACUGAAGGCUAAAGAGAUGGAGGCAUCAGCAUCCAGGAUGCAACUUGAAAAUGUAUUUGCAUCUAUCCAGGAAAAGGACAAUGAGAACAACAAAUUGCAACAGGCCUUAAAAGCUGUGGAAGAUGAGUUACUCUUACUUACAGCCAGAAAAGCUGAUCAUGAUUCGUUUGAAAUGGAAUUGAACACAUCAGAAAAAGCUCCUUUAAAUGAAGGAAGAGCCUCCUUACAGGACAUGAUAAAACAGUUACAGCAAAGUCAUCAAUCUGAGCGAGAUGCUUUGAAAAAUGAGUUGGAUAAAACUGUAGCACAGUUCAGAAAAACAGAGUAUAUUCUUAAUGAAAGAGAAAAGAUUGAUCAUGAAAGGUGUCAAGAAAUUGCACUUUUACAAGAAACAGUAGUGCAUUUGCAGACACAGCUCACUGCUGAAUCAGAGAAAGUGAAAGAAGCUGCUGUCAUACAGUCUUCUUUACACAGUGAACUGCAUGCAAAAGAUGAGCAUAUCAACUGUAUGGGCAUUCAGAUAAGUCAGCAGAAGGAAUUACUUUCUGGACUUAGUCAGCAGUUAAGGGACAAAGACACAUCUAUUGCCCAAGUUAUGGAAGCAGCCUCAAAUGAGAGAAUGAAACUUUCUGAGGACAAAAGUUCUCUAAUGGCACAGUUAGAAAGCAUGGAGCUGGCACACAAAACCUCCAUGGAAAGGUUUCAAGAGAUUUCACAUCAGUUAGAAGAGCAGGUUUCACUCUCCAAAAGUGAGAUUGACAGCAAAAAUUUAGAGAAUCUUGAACUGUCCAAGAAGAAUAAUGACCUAAAGAGUGAAAUAGGCACCACAUCUAAAGAAAAGGAAACACUGAAGAAGAAGCUUCAGGCUGCUCUCAUUGUAAGAAAGGAGCUACUGAAAAAAAUUGAAGCGUAUGAAAGCCAAAAAGAAGAGAAUGUGAACAAGAAAACUGAAGUUUCACUUUUACAGGAUCAGUUACAGGAGGUGAAGAAUCAAGCUCAGGAGACAGAAAAAAUAUAUGGAGAAAAAGUUGCUCUUUUAGAACAAAAUAUUAUUGACAAAGACGGAGAGCUUCUUAAACUCAAAAUGGAAAGUGAGAGACUUGCAGAACUGCAGUCUGAAAACCAAAUACUGCAAACCACAUUAAAUGAAAAAGAAGCUGUUUUAGCAGAUGCGUUGCAAAAUCUGAAUGAGAAAAACUCUCAUAUCAAUCAACUGCAGUCUAGUGUUACUAAGACAGAAGAGGCUUUUGAAAGAGAUAGAUGCAGCAUGAUGCAGAAAAUAGAGGAGCUUCAGAAUGAACUCAAGACGAGUACAGAUGAUAAAUCUUCCUCUGCUGCUACUGCUGUCGAUUUAGAAAAUGAACUUGCACAGAUGAAGCUACAAAAGGCAAUGCUAGAGAAAAAGACUCAGGCUGCCCUGCUGGCACGCAAAGAGAUGAUGAAGAAAGCUCAAGAAAAUGAAAGGAAGCUAUCCCAAGAGCUGGUUGAAUUAAAAGCUGACUACAAAGCUCUUCUGGAACAACAGUGUCAACAGACAAAUGAGUUAAACGCUGUGCAGUUAAACUUAGAUGAAAAGGUCAAAGAGCUGGAGGAAAUUCGUAAAACUUCCUUAUCUUAUCUAGAUGAACUGGGCACAUUAAGGCAGCUUGUGGAGGAAAGGGAUAAAACUCUACAAGACCUGAUAAUGUCUUUGGCAGAGAAAGAGAGCCAGUGCCAUUCUCUAUCAAACCUACAGACGGAGCUUGAAACUGUCAAAUCCAAAUUUGAGAACAUGUUUCUUGAAAUGACUAGUAAAGAUGAGCAUCUCACAGCCACGGAGCAAAGAGUGGAAGCUUUAAAAUCAAAACUUCAUAUGCUAAAAAACGAACUUGCAAAAGCUCACACAGAAGUAGAAGUAAAAACUAAAGAAGGUGAGAAAUAUCUGGAAAUCAUUAAAGAUAUGGAGCUUAAAUCUGAAGAGGAGAGGCAAGUUUUAGUCAAUGAAAAGAAUGUUUUAAGUGAAAAUGAACAAAAGUACCAGUCUGUGAAGGAAGAAUACAGUAGUCUUCUGGAUCAAAAUCAUCAGAUGAAGUUGGAACUUGAGAAAGCCGUUGCAUUAGUUUCACAGAAAUCCACAGAGAUUUUAACCAUGGAAAGAACGCUAGCAGAAACACAGCAGCAGCUUGGUGAAGAUAAAGGUGUUUUGACUCAGCAGCUUGAAGAAGCAAAACUACAUUGCACUCAAACACAAAGAAAUUUGGAAUGGCUAAAACAAGAAAAAGAAAACGCAGUAAAAUUAGCAGAUGAACUCAGAGAGGAGGUUAGUUCACUUAAUAAGCAAAUGAUUGAAUGUGGAAAACAAAAUGAGCAGCUGCAGGAAAAGAUAGCUGAAAUGUCUGUCUUUGAAGCGAAACUGAAAGAGAAAGACGAAGCCAUGAUGGGUUGUCAGGCUCAGCUUUCAGAAAAAGAAGAGCUAAUUACAGCCCUGGAAAUGCAGAUAGAGCAGCUAAUACAAAUGCAUGACCUGGCUAUUGAGAAGAUGAAAACAGAAGCCAGUGAGGUGCAAAAGUCCAGAGAAGAUGUCAUCAAAAUGAAUGACCAGGAAAGCCAAAGCAAAAUAGGACUUUUAACUAAGAAACUUCAAGCAGCAUUGGUCUCGAGGAAAGAACUUCUGAAGGAAAAUACAACACUCAAAGAAGAAGUAGACAAGCUGUCAAGCAAAUAUGAAGCAGAAUUUUUCAUCUUAGAAUCAUCAGUGUUGAAUCUAAAGCAACAAAAUACUGACCUAGAAAACUCUGUCACAUUGCUCAAAAAUGAAAAAGACAAGCUCAGUGCUGAACUGGAUGGCAUCCUUAAUGACAAUCGCAGUCUGUCUGCAGCCUGUGAAAGCUUGAAACUAACUAUUGAAAGCAUCACACAGCAGAAACAAGCAUUUUCAUGUCAGCUUGAAUCUCUUAAAGACUCUCAAACAGAAGAGCUGUCCAAAUGGAAGUCAAAGCACUCCGAGCUGAAGCAGGAGUACGAAUCUCUUCUACAGGCUUAUGAAAAUGUUAGUAGUGAAAUGGACAAGAUGAGACAGCUGCUGGAAGGAGCUAAAAGAGAAAGACAGGAAGCACUUCGAAAAGUUCACAAACACGAAACAGAAAUGGAGACUCUGGAGAAGCAGCUGAGAGAGAUGGAGGAAGAAAAUGAAAAAAUUAAAGAGAAGAUGUGUGUAUUUUCUCAAGACAAACAGCUGAAAUUUGAGGAGCUAGAAGAAGAGAAUAAGAAAAUUAGAGAAGAAAUGGAUAACAUUGAUGGAAACCAUCAAUGUACAAUAUCUGAGCUGGCUGCUAAAAAUCAACAAUUAGAAGCUGAAGUUGACAGACUUCGAGAGUCAUCAGAGGAUCUCAGGAAGAAGCUAAAAAAGAUACAGGCUGAAAAUGACCAACUGGUGGAAAAGUUUGAAGAGGCUAAUUGUUCAUUAGAAAAGAAGCACUUGGAAUCUAAAUCAUAUACAGAUAACAUGCAGCUUAAACUUGAUGAGGCACUCGGCUUGAAUAAUUCUCUCACUGCCCAGAUCGAAGCCCAGAAAACAGAACUUGGUGCCCAAUUUGAAAUCAAUAAUCUAUUACAAACAGAGAAGCAGACUCUGGCAGAAAGAACUGAGAAGAUACAGAAUGAUCAUGAACUUCAGCUGGGAAUGAAAGACGAUGCUAUCAGAGAGCUCAAAGACAUUAUCAACAGACACAGUCAAGAAACUAUUAGCUUAAAUGAGAAAGUUAGAAUCCUGGAAGAUGACAAGUCUCUUUUACAAGAAGAGCUUGAAAAUGCUCAGGAGAUUUCUGAUAAAGUGAAGAAUGAAAACGAAUAUUUGGAAACUGUGAUUCUCAAAAACUCCGAAAGAAUUGAUGAACUGACUGAGUCUGUUAGUGCUUUGCAAAGUCAGAAUGCACAGCUGUCCUCUCAGCUAACAGCUAGCAAGGAGAUGAAUAACCAGGUUCGUCAAGAAAAAGAAGAGGAGCAGCUUAAAUUAGUCAAAGAGUUUGAGGAGAAACUCAAAACUGUUCAGAGAGGCAAUGAAGGAUCUAAGAAUGUGAGGAAAGAACUGCAAGAACUACUGAAAGAAAAGCAUCAAGAGAUAAAUCUACUGCAGCAAAACUGCAUAAAAUAUCAAGAAGUGAUUUUAGAUUUAGAGAGCUCCUUCAAGACAUCACAGUCAGCCUGUGAACAGUUGGGCAAAGAACUCAAGAAAAGCUCAGAGAAGGUUUUGGUUUUAGAAGAGAGAAGUAAACAGGUGGAAACUGAGCUGAUUACACACAAGAGUCUCCUUCAGGAGGCUGAACAAAGGGCUGUGAACAUUCAGUCUGAAAGAGACCGUCUGGCACUGGAAAUAGCUCAGCAAAGUAAAAAGGUUGAGCAGAAAACAUCAGCACCAAGGAUUGAAGAGAAAGAGUCUCAUAUAGAAAAUCAAGUUAUGUUACAGAAACAGAUUGAAGACCUUAAAGAUUUAAAAGAGAAAGAAAGUCAAAAAGUAAAUGAGCUGAGACAACAAAUAGACUCUCAAGAUCUACAGAUAAAUACUUUAAAGAGAGCAACUGAAACAACUGAAGCAAAACUGUCUGUUUUGUCUUCUACUCCUCAAGGAGCAGAAGCUUCAAAAGUCUGGAAUGAUUUGUACCAGAAGACCUUACAUGAGAAGGACAACCAGCUCCUAGAGCAGGGCUUUGUGAUCAAAAGAUUCCUUGAAGACAUGAGAGCAAAAGAUAAAGAUGUGAACGAACUACGAGUGAUGAAGUCAAGACUGGAAAGAACACUCAAUGAAUAUUCUGUCGCUGCUGCUGCACAACAGAGACAGCUGUUUGUAAUGAGUGCAAGCAAUGCUGAACUUAAUGAAACUGUGGAGCUAAUGAGUGUUCAGGUAAAGGAGUUAUCUGCUCAAGUUGAAAAAAUAGAACAAGAUAAAAACACACUGAGCAGACAGCUGGCUGACAAGGAAGAGCUGAUUUCACAAAUACAGCUGAACCUCCAGCAUGUGGAGAAGAUAAAUGCAGACACAGAUGCUCAGCUUCUCCUUUUACAGUCUCAAAAGGACAAACUUAAAGCAGAUUUUGAGAAACAGGAGGGAAUUUCUCUUCAACUGAAAACCCUUCUUCAGGGCAAAGAUGCUGAGAUUUCCUCUUUGUUGUCAUGUCGCGAUGGGCAAAUGUCAGGAUAUCUGGAGCAACUUCAGGCUAAUUACCGCACUCAGGUAGCAGUCUAUGAGGACCGGUUAACAUCUCUACGCUAUCAAAGGGAAAAGGCUGAUAAAGAGUUGAGAGGCCUCGAAGCCAAAGUCAAAAGUCUGCAAAUUAAAGUCAAUAAAUCUAUCCAGGAAAAAGAAAACAUGGCAGCCAAAAUGGAAUCAUUCAAGAACUCAAUGGUCUCUUUACAGAGUGAAAGAGAGCGGCUGAUAUCUGAAUACAGAAUACUUGAAGCAAAGAGUCAGUUGGGCCUGAAGGGUAAAGAUGGCUCAGCUGAUGGGGAAGGUGGUCCAAACAAGGGCCUUAAACAUGAAAUAAGAAAACUGCUCCAUCAGAUGGAUGAUCUAAAUUCAGAAAAUGCAAUGCUCAGAGCACAACUCGUUCGGUACAGAGAGGAUUUGAAUCAGGUUUUGUCCCUGAAGGACAACCAGUUGAAGGUUCUGCUUAAAAAGCAGCAGGAUAUGAUUAAAACUCUUGAAAACCAAAAGGUAACCUCUGAAAAGCAAUGCAGGGAGUCUCGUUUGGAACUGGAAAAGGAAGAAGAUGUAAGCAGUGCUUUGAAAUCAGAGGUUUCUAAACUAAAAGCUCAGGUCACAAAACUGGAAACCGACAAACAAGAGAGAGCUACAACAAAUGAAGGCAAAGUGAUCGCUGACUUACAGCAAGCAGUGGCAACCAAAGCAGUAGAGUGUAACGAUCUCCAGCAAAAACUCCUCUCCCAGAAAACCUUAACAGACGAGCUUAAAGACAAAAUGCAGCUGCUGGAAAAUGAGACGGACAAAAAACUAGCUGAUGCAGAAGAUAAGUACAACAGUGAAUUGGACAACUUUGAGCGUGAAGUAGAGCUGAUGAGGAAUGAGCGAGAGACAGCCGAUCAACGGAUGGCUGAACUUGCAAAAGACCUCCUUGAACUGGAGCAACAGUUGUCAGAUGCCAGAACACAAAGCAAAGAUGCAAAAUCUCAAAAUGAAUCCCUGUGCAAAGCUAUGGCUGCUUUACAGAAUGACCGGGACCAGCUCAUUGAGGACUUCAAGAUCCUGCGGAUUAGAUACGAUGAGGAACUCCGAGAGACUCAAACAGCCCUGAACAAAGUGGAGCGCAGUCUUCAGGAUGCCACCUCAGACCUGGCCAUGUUUGCAAAAGAACGGGAUGUACUAGUUCAAAAAAUGAAAGCACUGGAAAGCAAGGACACGCAGACAGAGUUGAGCAAGUUGCUGGAUGAGCUUUCGAAAGCUUUGGCGGAAAAGGAACGAGAACUGAAGCAGGUGGUCUCAGAAAAUAACACCUACAGCAGGCAGCUGUCUGCGUUCUCCAGAUCCAUGAACAGCCUCCAGAAUGAUCGGGAUAGGCUGAUGGAGGAGUUGGCUGGGGCCAAAAGAGCAGUUAAGUCCAAGCAAGAGACCGUCGCCUCAGUGGAAAAGUCACAAAGCAGUGUCAGUGCCUUCCAGAAUGAGAAGGACGAGCUGGAGUUGAAGCAGAAGACUGAUGAGCUACAUCAAGAUCUUCCACUUGAAAAAGAAGUUAGCUGCCAGGAGGAAAUGAUACCUCUGAGGUCCGACACAGGGAGGAUGGACACGCAACCAGUCACUCAGGAAACUGCCUCCUUGGCGGGUCGCAGUGGAAUGGAGGAGGCAGUGAGUCUCCUGGAGGCUGAGAGGAUCCGUCUUCACAGAGACCUGCAGCGCUGUAUGUACGAGAUCCACCAAAGAGACCAGUACUUCCAACAACUCAAUGCUAAGCUGCAGCAGGUGGUGGAGGAGAAAGGGGCAGUAGCGGCCCAGCUCAGGGCCGUUUCUCAAACUUUGCGGGAGACCCAGACUCGAUACAACUGGUUGGAAAACCAAGGACAGGUCCAGGUCCAAGAUCCUGAAUGUGGGUCAGUGUAUGCUGAGGUCGCACCAGGAGCCCCUCAGGAGAGAAGCAACGAAUCAGUCACUGUUGACACUGCUGAAGCCUGUCAGCUCAGAGAACGGCUGCUUGAAUUAGAGCAGCUUUUGGCAGACGAGCGGGCCAGGAGGGAGACAAAUGAAGAGGCUCUGCGCCUUGCUGAAGACAGAGCUAAAAACAUUGACUCCAGAGAAAAUCAGAGGGACUUCAGCAUUGAGAUGGAAACAGAGGAGGAAUGGGAAGCUCUGACUCUCAACCCAAAUCAGCCUUUAAUAACACGAAAGGUGAAAGGUGGGAUGGUGGUGUGCAGACAAUGGCUGAGGGGGCGGAGCCUGUACUUCUCCCGCCUGCUGACGAGUCGCGCACGCUCUCGAUAUUUCUUCCUGGGUUACUUGCUCAUGUUACACGUGCUUGUCCUCAUGUGCCUCACUGGUGCCCUGUAGCGAGUUUACACCAGGAAAUAAUCACACACACACUCAGUUCCACUUUAAGCUGAAGUCUGCACAUUUUAGUUAAUUCUUCUAUGUCCGAUGUGUAUGUUAAGGUACGAAACGCUUACAAUGUAGAGUACUUACAGUUAUGCCUCAUACCAAAUGACUGUCUGAGUUCAUGUUCUAAAGAAAAUGAGAAAACAUUCCCAUUUGGAAUCAGAUUUGUGUUAGUAUAAUCAAUCAUUUGGUAUUAGAUCAUCAGAGAAAAACAUGAAUUUGAGAGAAUAAACCAGAGUGAAGCAAAGUCGUCUCUGAAGUAGAACUAAAAGUGUGUGAUCAUCAUCACAGUUACUGCCCUGAAAACUGUACAGAGAGCAUAGCCGUCACUCAGAAACCCAUUAGGGAACACAAUCCUGCAAAAAAAAAAAAAAAAACAAUACAGGAGGUUUGUGUCAAAACAAAAAACCCACAGGCAGAGUAAAUGAGAACU